AUGGCUUCGGUAGCAGCACGGUCCUCUCCUCCUACAAAACAUCGCAUUUACGAAUGUCGGUGGUCUUGGUGCAGAGAAGUAUUCUACAGCAAUCAAACGCGUAUCCAGCACAUCAUCGAUGCGCAUAUCACUGGCAUGCUGCCCGACCGCAAAGGAGAUAUCCGGCUACUGCGGUUGGCCCAGGAUGGAGUUGGCGAGAGUAUGCGCUUGUAUGACUUGGAAGAGACGCAGAGGACGCAGUCGCAAGCGAGUGACCUGCACCCGAUUGAAGCAAGGACUCCAGUCUUGUCAACUACGGCUUUGCUUCCAUAUACCCCGGAAGCCGGUAGCUCAUCGUAUACUCAAGACUCUCCUCCCAUACAUCAAGAGCCAUCAGAAUUACCAGCAACACAAUCCAAUAUCCACGUAACUCCUAAAUUUCGUCGCGGAGGAUUUAGUCGAACACCUAUAUUUGAAACUCUAUCGUCGCCGUCGCAAGAUAUGCCUAUCCUCUCCAUUCCCGACUCUCCAACCUUUGAUGCCCUCGUCUCAGCUGCAACUCGGCAGCAAACUAAACGCCAUCCCUGGCAACCUUCAGACAGCUCGUUCGCGUUCAACGAUCAUUCCCGUCGCGAUUCCAGUUCUACUUCAUCGUCCGGUUCGAUCAGCUUUAUCGAAAAGGAACUUACUCAGAGUCCCCCCAGCGAGACCGAAGCGAUCGAGGAUGCGUUUUUGAAUGGUCCUGCUAUGGUCCAACGUGCCAAUGGCAAGCGUGAAUCCACCCCCCUUGCUAUACAACGGCAGCUCCACCCCGCACAGAAUCAACCCAUAAUAGCGCCAAUUGCCGUACCUUCCACGAAGCCCUCGCCUCAAGCUGAUUUGUCACCAACGUCUUCAUCGCAAGGACGAAGGACGGUGAUACGUCAGCCGUGGUAUGGGACACUCCCGGGUCAUCGGAGGAAAUCACAAACUGGCAUUCGAAAGCGGCCUUCCGCCAUUGAUACUAGCUCGUCGUUGGGUUCCAGUCAGGUCGCUGGUGCUGAUACGUCGAAACAGCAUACACCACGGUCGGACGCGUUUAUACGCGCAGCUACAGAGUUCUCGCAAAUGCAAAAGGGCAAACACGACCCCACGUCACCAUUAAGACGCGACUUUCCAUCUCCCGGCAGCAUUGCUGCCGACCCUUACAGCCAGUACACCGAAGGACCCCUCUCGCCGUCCUUCGAAGAAUCAGAUCCGCUAGCUUUCCUGCAAACACAAGGACCGUAUCACAGUCAAAGUCAGAGCCAGUCUUGA